CUUCGGAGCGUUUGGCCAGGCAUUUGGCCAGAGACCGUUGACCUGGCGCAAUUUUGCCACUUGCAUCUACACGCCAACGGGGCCAAGUUGACUGACAUAUUAUCUCAUAGCAAAUUUGUAUAUUUAGGCAGUACCAAACGGGACAACGCGUUAAGGCUGGCGGCGGCUUUGCUGGGCCUGCCACUGCAGAACUCUGCACUAAUGCUCGCUGCGUAGCGCAAUUACACAUCCAGUUGCAAGAAAAUGCCGAUUUCGGCGUCGGUCUUUCGCCGUGGAGGCCCCAAGAAGGAGCUGUUUGAUGUUAUUAACGAGGAUGUGGACGAAAGCAAGGAGCUGGACGAAAAGCUCGCGGAGUUGACGGAGCUACUGCAUUUGGAAAAGUCGGGUAAGGAGCUGUCGGCCGCGCUGUGGCGGCCGCACCUGUGCGCGGCGGAGCUGGUCAAGCAGCGCAAACACACCGCCCGCGACAUCGGCUUCAUCCGCGGGCGGCGCAUCUAUUUGCACAUAGAGGAGGCCGUGUUCCUGGUGGACCGAGGGGAUCUGCUGCUCUUCGCGGAGACUGACAGCACCACGUCAGCACAUCGGCAGCGGCAGCGGCAGGGGCCGGACGGGGAGGAGGAGGGGACGGGCGCCGGGGCCGCGGCAGGCGGAGCCGUGCCGGCGGAGGAGGAGGACGGCGACGGGGGCAAUGGCGACGGCGGCGGCGGGCGGCGCGGCGGCGGGCUGCAGCACGUGCGGCUGCUGUCCAUGCAGGAGGCGUUCGACCUCAUGGUGUGUUCCGGCGUGCCUCUUGAGCGCUACCUGCUGUACAGCGGGCUCAGCCGCAGCGGCUACCUGGUCAUGCGGCACCCCAGCAGGUGGCUGCUGCGGAGGGAGGAGCGGCCGGAGCAGAUCUGGGGCUACGGCGCCUGGGCCGGCUGCUACAGUCGCCAGCCGCACGCGCCCGGCUCCGCUCGCAUGCCGCCCAUGCAGCACCAGCUGCCGCCGGCAGACGCACCGCCCUCCUCGCACGCACCCGCGGUCGGGUCGGCCGCAGCGGCAGCGGCCGCAGCAGUGGGAGCAGGAGUGGGGAGACAGCCGGCGGCGGGAGCAGGAGCGGGAGGAACGGCGGGAGCGGGGCCGGCGGCAGCGUCGGCAGUAGCAGCGGGAGCAGGCGGGGGGCCGACGGCGGCAGUAGCAGCAAGCCGGGGGUGGUGGGGGCCGCUGGGGCCGCGGCACCCCAUGAUGGCGGGGGUGGAGGAGCUACAGUCGGAGCCAGGUGUGCGUGUGACGGAGCGCGCCCUGGACUCCCUGCUGACGUCCUUCCCGCUGCUGCAGCCGCUGCCCACCCUCCGCGCCGCCGCACCCCACCUGCUGCGGCCCACCACGGCCGCAACCGAUGACGCAGCAACAGCAACAGGCGCUGCUCCCGGGGGCGCAGAGGGGGAAGCGUCUGGGGCAACAGCUGCGGUCGGGGCUUCCAGGGCCGCCUCUGGGUUCGUGUCGCUAGGCAAGCCACGCCACGCCGCCCACCUGGUGUACGACGUGUACAAACCCGGCAGCUUCGUCAGCCGGUACAAGGGGCAUUUCCCUGCCGUACACACGCACGUGGCCAUGUGCAGCGAGUCGCCGCCGGCGCUGGGGGAGAUGUGGGCGGCGGAUGGGGCGGCGGCGGUGGCGGCGGCGGGCGAGGGCGGCAAGGCCGGGAGCGUGACGUGGGCGGCGGUGCUGAAUGGCGACAUCGCGCUUUACAGCAUCGGGCAGGCGGACUUGCUACGGCUGAUGUGAGGGUCUUGCCAUUGUGGUAUUUGGUAAUCAUGAUGAAGAGGAUGGAAGGAGGAGGAGCGGGCUAGCUGUAAUGCUGAUGCUGCGGAAACUUGGACAAGGCUGUGCGGUCCUUGAAGGAGUGGAGCCUGGAGGGCCUCCAUCGCGCCGUGCCGUGUUUUGCCAUCCG